CCGCCGCGGCGGCGGGGCCCCGGGGGGGCCGGGGCCGGGCCUGAGAGGAGACCUGGGGGCAAAGCUGACCCCCCCUCCAUACACACACUCCUGUCCGAGGGCUGGGACGGAAGGAGGAGAAAGAGGGGAGGAAGGAAGGAGGGGGAAAGAAGGAGAGAAGGAGGAGGAGAGAAGGAGAGAAGUAGUAGGAGGAGGAGAGAAAGAGGAGGAGGAGAGGAGGAGGCGGCGGCGCGCGCCACGGCGGCCUGGCGAGGAGCUGAGGCCGAAGGGAGCCGCUGGACGACGUGUAAGAAGACGAGCCCCCCAGCUCUGCCUGGCCCGCGGCCACCGCCCCGCGGAUGGUGAGGGGGCUCCGCGGCGGCCGAAGCCCCCUCACGCCCGGCCCAGGCCCUAGCCCGGGCCGUCCUCCCUCCCCUGGCCCCGCAGAGGCCCCACAGCCCCGCAGGAACCAUGCCCAGAUCUUUCCUGGUCAAAAAGGUCAAACUUGAUGCGUUCUCCUCUUCUGACUUGGAGGGCCCUUAUGGCCGGGCACGGAGCGACCUCGGAACCCGGCUGCCAGAGAAAGCAGGAUACCUCAGUGACUACAUCGCCCCAGCCGUGUACGAUGCCGCAGACUCAGAUGCUUCCCUGCUUAAGGGCCCGUCCCAGGAGCCUAUGUACGCAGCGGCCGUCCGCGGAGAGCUGGGCCCGCCCGCUGCUUCGGCCCCACCGCCCACCCCGCGACCAGAGCUGGCUACGGCUGCAGGAGGCUACAUCAAUGGUGAUGCGGCUGUCAGCGAGGGGUACGCUGCAGACUCCUUUUUCAUUACCGACGGCAGAUCUCGCCGCAAGGGCGCCAACGCAGCCUCGGCCCAAGGCGGAUCCGACGGCAGUAGCGGCGCAGGAGCUGGAGCAGGAGGAGGAGCCGGGAGCGGGGCGGGGUCUGGGGGGCGGGGUCAACAGGCAGGUGGGGCGGGGCCAGGGUCCGAGGCGCGCGCUGGCCGGCACGCGUGCAGCGACUGCGGCAAGACGUACGCCACGUCGUCUAACCUGAGCCGGCACAAGCAGACGCACCGCAGCCUGGACAGCAAGUUGGCGCGCCGCUGUCCCACGUGCGGGAAGGUGUACGUGUCCAUGCCCGCCAUGGCUAUGCACCUGCUCACGCACGACCUGCGCCACAAGUGUGGUGUGUGUGGCAAGGCCUUCUCACGGCCCUGGCUAUUGCAGGGCCACAUGCGUUCGCACACUGGUGAGAAGCCCUUUGGCUGCGCGCACUGCGGUAAAGCGUUCGCUGACCGCUCCAACUUGCGCGCGCACAUGCAGACGCACUCGGCCUUUAAGCACUUCCAGUGCAAGCGCUGCCACAAGGCCUUUGCCCUCAAGUCCUAUCUCAACAAACACUACGAGUCCGCCUGCUUCAAGGGCGGCAGCAACGGAGGGGGAGCUGCGGAAGGAAGUGGGGGAGGGACCAUCAGCCCCCCGACUACGCCCGGCCCCGCGCCCCCCUCGGCAUCUUCCUCAGUGCACGGCCCGCCUCCUCUCAGCCCGCUUCGGGCCUGAGGGGGGCGUUCCCGGAGCUCCAUCCUCCCUUCAUCCCUCUGGCAGCAAUAGGGUCCUGGGAGGGGAGAGCCGGGAUCCUCAACCCGUCCUCUCAGCAAUAGGGCUCCCCUCCCCUGGGAAGAGGAAGGCGGUUUAGCCUCUGAUUCUUUCCAGGCUUCUGGCUGGAAGGCGUGGGAGGGGUGGGGUGGGGAGGGAGAGGUGUUCCCAACUGAUCAGCAAUAGGGUCCCCGGAAAAGAUGGCCUCUGUUCUGGCUUCCUUUUCUGGGCUCCAGGCUAGGGAGGGAGCACCCUCCACUAUUCAGCAAUAGGGUCCCUGAGGAAGGGAAAGGUGGCCUUGCCCCUGUCCCAGCUUCUGGACCCCAGGCUGGGGAGGGCGCACUUCCCCCCCAAGGCGACCUCUUCUCUGUCUUCAUGUCUGUCUCCCCUCUUUGGGGCCUUUGACUGGGGAGGGGGGAAACCCCUAAGGCGACCUCUCUCCUUCCCCCCCACUUUGGGGAAAAUGGAUGAGAAGGGUUUUGCCCCUACUACUCAGCAAUAGGGUCCCCUGGGAAGGUGAAGGCAAAGUCUCUGUCUCCCCCCCCCUUUAGGACCCGGGCUAGGAAAAGGGUCUCCCCCCCCCCAUCUUCCCAAUUAUAGGGUCAUAGGGAAGGCGGCUUGCCUUGAUCUCAACUAGCUCCCCCUUUCGAGACCUGGGCUGGAGAAGGGGAGCCCCUCAUUACUCAGCAAUAGGGUCCCAAUAGGUGACCUCUUCCCCCCCUCUGUCCUCACUUUGGGGCAAGCUAGGGAUGGGACCUGGGUAAGAGGUGUGUACCUGUCAUUAUUCAGCAAUAGGAUCCCCCUGGAAAGGUCCUGGCCAGUCUCUUAAGAGAAGCCCCAGGCUGGGGAAUGGGUGUCUCCCACUUCUUUCAGCAAUAGGGUCACCCAGGAAAGCCUCUCCUGUCUGAAGGCCCCUAGGCUGGGAAGUGUCACCCCCACCUUAGUGAUAGGGUCUUGGAGACAGCCCCUCCCCCAGCCACCUUGGGCCUUUACUGGCUGAAGGGGAUAAAGGGACACGGGUUGGGUGCCAUCCACCUCCUUUAAGCAAUAGGCUACCGAGGCGGCGGCACCCUGCCUCUUGCCCUCUCCAAUAAGGACCCCUCACAGGCUGGGGGCUAGGGACACCCCAUCCCACCAUCUUAUUUCCCAGCAAUAGGGUCACAGGGCCCCUGUUCUCCCUCAGGGCCUUGCGAAGCUGGAGGAGGGGAGUGGCGGCUCCUUGUAGGGUCACAGGACCUCGGGUUUCCCAGCCCCCAGGUUACUUAAGGCUGAAUACCCAGGGACCGUCCCCCUCUGCCUGCAGGCUCAGAGAGGAAUGCAGGACCCCAGGUCCAGCCUCCCCUUCUGUGGAGCCCCAGGGAGGAAGAGGGACAGGCAAGUGGGCAAUCUCCCCACAGUUCUCUAGGGACUGGGGGGAGGGGGAGAUGAGGACUGGGAAGCCCCCUACCCUCAUCUCCCUAGCUCAGACCUGGAAGGGGCCUGUUCGGACCCCGCCCUCCCCUUCUUCCACCUCUGCCCUGCCUCUGCCCGCCAAAUCCGAACUCUUCCGGCCCAGCUACCUGGGCCCCCAGUCCCUACUCCCCAUAACGAAUAAUAAUGACGCAUAUCGGAUCGCAUGGACUUAUCCGACCUUCCCCAGCCCUAGGUUCCUCCACUCCUUCCAGCCCCAACCCCCUAGGCAUUAAAUGUUCCUGGGGGAGCCGGGGCAAACUGUAAUAGUGACGCUCACCUCGCCCACAACCCCCCCCUCCCCCACCACCUCUCAGUAUUCGCCUUGCGGGUAAAGUCCUGGGGGCUCAGGGGGGGGCGUCUCAAGCGCGUCGGGUUUAUUUAUUUCUGUUAUUUAUGUUCAUUGAUGAAUGGAUUGCACUCGGGUCGGGCAGUCCCGGCCCACGCCCUGGGCUUUUCUGCGAGAAAGUUCCCGCAAGAACUUCCUCGCCCCCUCCUCCUAGGAUAGACACCACAUCCCCCAGCCCCCCCGCCUCCUCGGAGCUCCGCCCCUCUGGCAGCUCUUCUCCCCACAUGCACUCCCGCGUCAUCGGAGCUCCGCCCCUCGUAGAAGUCCUCCCCACAUGCUCCAGUCCUUCCCAGGUCCCUACCCUCAUCUCGGAGCUCCGCCCCUGUCAGUUCUGUCCCUCCUCGGAGCUCCCUCCGCACCUCCUUACAUAGAUUCCUCCCACCCAGUGACUCCAUCCACGCCCCGCCUCUCCCUCCUCCCACUCAGUUGCCAAUUUUCGCCCGUCUAUGCCAAAGCCUCGGCGGCGACCCCGCCCCCCAGGGCCCCACCCCAUUGGCCGCCGCCGUUGUGACGUCACUGCAUGCAGCCCCGCCCUCCCCUCCCCGGGGCUGCCCCGCCCCUAGCUCCUCCCUCUCCUUUCCUUUUUCCCUCCCCCCCCUUCCCUCCCCUUAGAUAGUCCGAUACCGACUAUAGAGCAAUAAUGCGCACUGCAUGCGAAGCUGCCGCCGCCUCUAGUGUUACAGAGAAUCAGGUACCCCCCCACUUCCCCCUUCCCUAAGCCCCGCCCCAGGCCCCGCCCCGCGCCGAUAUCAGGGACACUGCGCGAGGUGGGCGGGGGCCAUACGCGCAGACUUUCUCUACCCAUCCCAUCCUUCCAAUAAUCCCUUGCCCUGGCCCCAACCUAGGCCCCCUCGGCUGGCCCGGCGGCGGCGGGGGAGGCGACCACCAAGGGACAGACCCCAUUUUGGGGAGAGAGGCGGAGGACACACACACGCACACACACACACACACACACACGCACACGCACACACAGGCAUACAUAAAGACAAGGAAACAAAUGGACAGGGUCUCAAGGAAAGAGAAACAAGGAUGAAGAGAGACAGAAAUAGACACGGAUGGAAAUAGAGAAAAGGGGAUGGAGAAAUAAGGAAACGUAAGAAUUGCAAGAGGCAUCAGGAGAGCAUGAGACAAAAGAACACCACUGAACAGCUAAGCCCCUAUUGUAUGCUGUGUUGGAAAAUGACAAGUCUGUACCCUCACAGAACUUAUAGUCUAAGAGAGGAUGGCAUAAUAUAUCUCCCUCUUUUCUAGUCAUAAUAUGGAAACGCAAAUGGUAAAGGUCAGAAAAAGGGAGUUGGAGAAGUUCAAGGAGCAGGGAGGAAUCACUCCUUCCUGAAAUAAAGAGAAGCCGACUCAGAAAGAUGUGGAAGAUUUGGGAAGAAAUGAAAGAAGGGGGUGACUUGGCAACAGCUUUCCUACACUAUGCAGAGCUACCCAAGGGGCAGUGUAGUGUGUAAUUGAAUGAGUACAGCAAAUCAGGAGAACUGGCUGACUGUACUCCUUGUUAUUCUUGGGUAUGACCUUGAGCAACUGGGCUUCCAUUUUCUCCUCUGUAAAAGGAGGAGCUUGUACUAGAUGGUGUCAAAGGACCCUUCUAGCUCUGAUGUUCUGUGAUCCUUUAAUCCUAGAUCCAGAUAGAGGACAAGGAUUUUUUUUUCAGUUAUGGGUUGUAUUAGAUGGCUAUUGAAGUGUCCUUUCCAUCCCUGAAAUUCUGUAAUGACAUGACACUGAGCUAUAUAGAGACCCAGGGAAGACUGACACAGAAGUUUGUAGAGACACAGAGAUGGGAGAGGAAGACACAUGGAAAAACAGAGAGACUGAGACAGAAUUGAACACUAACACAGUUAAUCCCCCUCUCACACACCCAUCACCCAGUCACCACCCCAACUUCUUUGAGAGAUGAGGUUUCCAACUCUAGGAACCCAGAAGGAGGGUUUGGGGGAGUGCGGGGACCUCCGCUCCUCUGCCUUAGGUUCAUUCAUCAUUCCAUGAUACACCCAGGGACACAUUUGUAUAGCAGAACACAACCACAAGAUUCUCCCCUCCCCGCCAUCACAACCUUCUCCAAUUACUACCAUGUACAUAGGCACAGAUAUAUGGUAGUGGUUACACUUACACAUUCAUUCAUUUACUCAACUGGUGCUUGGCUCCAGAGGGCAGAAUUAGAAGCAAAGGUGUUGAUAUAGAAAGGCAGAUUUCCCUUUGAUAUGAGGAAAACCAGAAAUUUCUAGAGAUCAGAACUGUCCUAAAGGGAAAUGGCUGCCCUGUGAAGUGAAUUCCCUAUUACUGAAAGUCUUCAAGUGGAGUCUGGCCAGAGACAACAUAGAGAGGAUUUCAGCUCAAGUUCAGGCUGGGCUAAUCAGAGCUAGAACAUUUGAUGGUUUACAAAGUACCUGACAUACAUACAUUGUCUUACUUGUUCCUCACAACAACCCUGUGCAGUAGGUACUGAAACUAUUCUACUUAUUCUACAGGUGAGGAAACACACAGGUCAAGUGAGUGCAGGAGGUGGGAUUCACUAGACCACCUCCUUCAAGAUCCAGUGUUCACUCUACUCCAUUUGCUGCUCUCUCAGCUCUGAGAUUUGAGCAUCUUCAUAGAACACCCACUAAGAGCCUAAGCCUGCAUUAGCUGCUAAGGGAGACACAAAAAGAAGCUCAAAUAUGGUCCUUGCCCUCAGGGAGCUCCCAAUCCCAUUCCAUUACAAUGACACAGAGCAAGGGGGCUACGCAUCCACUUUACACACUUGAGCACAGCCAGAUAGUCUUCCAACCUGUAUGACACCUGGACAAGCCACACAUAGGCACACCAAUGCAGCUGUACAUAGAACACAGGAACACACACACACACACGCCCAGGAACACACUAUCAAAGUCACACAAACAUGGUUGUACACACAUACAUAAACACACGCAUACACAUCAAACCUCCCUGGGCCCCUCCCUACCUCCCCUGUGUUCCUCCUCUGUGCUUGCACACACAUGGUCUACCUACUUACCUAAGCAGUGAGCAGGUCUCACAGCCGCUAGGCCAGGCCGGGGGGCCCCUUUCCCCAAUGCCUUGCCCCCUGUCCUACCGUGGAAAGCCAUGGGCCCCUCCUCUUCCCUCCCCAAGUCCCCAUCUCUGAAUCAGCACAAUAUCCCACCUUAGCGAAUUCAGGUAGAAGGAACGUGUAUAGGUAGCACCUCUGUUUUUGUACUGACUGCAACAGGCCCCGGGGCCACCCAGCGUGAGUGGGAGAGCUAGGGCUGUGAGGGGACAGGGCAGCUGUGCCCUCCCCCUGAUCCCCUCUGCAGCACAUGACUCCCUUCCCUACCCCCUUCCUUGUACAUACUCCCCCUGCCCUGCCCCAACAGGCUGGGAUUUUUACGUGGGCCGUUCCCCUCUCCCCCUCCGCCUGACUCCUCCUCAUGCCCCGCUUUUGGGGCUGCGGCCCGGGGGGCUCGGGGCCGGCCGGACAGACGGACGGACGGACAGACCUCCUUCCUAAGCACAAUAGCACCAGCUCCCCGGAGCACCGCACCUCCAAGAGGAGAAUAAACGCGACUCUUGAUAGAA